AUGCUUAGCCCUGAAGGGGAACCCGAGGAGCUUGGGCCGGUUCUCGUCAAUUGGGGAGUUGUGUUCAGCUUGUGCGUGGUCUUCCGCUGUUUGAACAUUUUCGUAAACACGGAGAGAGCAAAAUGGCGGCUGCUUUUUUUUUCUUUGGCCUGUGUCAUCGUGCCUCGUUCCGUUCUUCCCUUCCGGUAUGUUGACUUCACCAUGCUUCUGAUGUGCCUUAUGCUGAUCGACUUCUUCAACGGGCGCCUUUCGUGCAGGACGCAUCUCUUCUGUGGCGUUAUGCUGGCUGUGCUCUCCGCAUCUGACCAUGCAUGGGGAGUUAUGCCUACUGGGCUUUGGGUGGUGAAGCUUUUUGGGUCCUACCUGGCUGUGCUCAUAGGGAAGCUGGGGUAUCGUGUUACCCAGGUAUUUCACCGGCAAGCACAGGAAGUGAAGGGCCCCCCAUCUCCUGUUUGCCGAUGUGCCAAAGACACACGCAUCUGGAAGGAGGAAGAAGAGCAGCAGUUUUUCGUAGUGCCGAACAACUGCUACGGCAACGUGGAUUGCAACUGGUUCCUGGACAUACGUGUGUCUGGAGCAUUUGGCAUGUUUUGUUUUCCAUUCGCAAGUGGGAUGGAAGGGCGCCAGUUCUUAGAAUGGCAGCAAGGCUUCAAGGCUGCGUAUGGAAAAGAGAGCCAGCGUUUUUGCUUGUGA